AUGUCUUCAUCGCAGCCUUUGUACUAUAACGGCCAACCAAGAAACGCCACAUCUGGACACACAUUUGACUCCGUCAACCCAUCUAAUGGAGAGCCACUUGCGAGCAUUCAGGCCGCUUCAAAGUCUGAUGUUGACGCGGCCAUUGCGUCCGCCAAAGAAGCCUUUCUGUCAUGGUCCAAGGCCCCGGCUAUAGUGCGAUCUCGAAUACUUCUAAAGGCCGUUUCGAUCUUGCGAGAGCGGAAUGAUUCUAUCGCUGCUCAAGAAACAAGAGACACAGGCAAGCCCUUCUCGGAGACUAGCACCGUUGAUGUAGUUACUGGAGCAGAUGUGCUCGAAUUCUUUGCCAAUCAUGUCGCCGGUGGCGGGCUGAACGGAGAGACCACCCAGCUCAGAGAGGAUGCCUGGGUGUACUCCAAAAAAGAACCGCUAGGCGUCUGUGCUGGUAUCGGCGCUUGGAAUUAUCCCGUUCAGAUCGCUCUUUGGAAGUCUGCGCCAUGUUUAGCCGCGGGCAACACCAUGGUGUAUAAGCCAAGCGAGUUUACCCCAUUACAUGGACUGACCCUUGCCGAGAUUUAUUCAGAGGCUGGUGUACCAGCUGGUGUUUUCAAUGUGGUUAGCGGCGCCGGUGAUGUUGGAGCUUAUCUGUCAGGACAUGAAGAUAUCGCCAAAGUGUCUUUCACUGGACAGGUCAGCACAGGCAAGAAAGUCGCUGCAUCUGCAGCGGGAGGCAUGAAGUAUACGACAAUGGAAUUAGGCGGCAAGAGCCCAGUCCUCAUCCUACCGGAUGCAGAUGUUGACCAAGCCGUUGACGGUGCCAUGAUGGCGAACUUCUUUUCCACGGGGCAAGUCUGUACCAACGGCACGAGGGUCUUCAUUCCGAAACAGAUGAAGGACGCUUUCGAGAGCAAGCUUGUAGAGCGAAUGGGACAUGUUCGUGCUGGGGAUCUGAUGGAUAUGAACACGAAUUUCGGACCUUUGGUCAGUAAGGUCCAUUUGGACAAAGUUGUCGCAUACAUCCGCCAUGGUAUCGAUGUUGACAAGGCAACGCUACUUUAUGGAGGGCCAGAGAAACCACCGUCGCUCAAAGGCAUGGAGCAUGGUUUCUGGGUCCAGCCGACCGUUUUUUCCGACUGUAGCGAUAACAUGAAAAUUGUUCAAGAGGAGAUAUUUGGGCCUGUCCUUUCAAUACUCACCUAUGACAAGAUAGAUGAGGCUGUGGCUAGGGCUAAUGCUACACCGCUUGGUCUUGCAGCGGGUGUCUUCACCAAAGAUCUUAAUUUAGCUCAUCAAGUAGUUGCAAGGCUGGAGGCUGGAAUCACCUGGGUCAAUACUUGGGGUGAGAGUCCUGCCGAGAUGAGCGUCGGAGGCUGGAAGCAGAGCGGCUUGGGUGUAGAAAACGGGAAACGAGGACUAGAAGCCUGGGUUCGGAAUAAAAGCACAUUAGUUGACAUGAGCGGCGUUGUACCUUCAGUGUUCUCGAAAUUAUGA